AUGGACUUAGAUUAUGCACUCAAGCAUGAUCGCCCCACACCUCUGUCCAGUACCAGCACUACUGAAGAGAGGGUUGCUUUUGACAUGUGGGAACGAUCAAAUCGCAUAGGUCUAAGUAUCAUGAGAUUUUCAAUUCCAGAAUCAAUAAGGGGCUCAAUCUCUGAGGAUUCUAACGUUAGCACCUUCUUGAAUGAUAUAACAAGCCGGUUCACCUCAAAUGAAAAGGUUGAGGCAUCUACAAUUUUGUCAAAGUUUGUCUCAAUGCGAUAUAAAGGGAAGGGAAACAUCAAAGAAUACAUUAUGGAAAUAUCCAAUAUGGUAACAGGAUUAAAGACACUCAAACUGGAGAUGUCUGAAGUUCACACCUUUUAA